AUGCAGGUUCUACAACAAAUAUUCAUCCUUGUUUUCACCUUUGUGCUGCUAAUCUACGCAUGCAGAGUAGUGAGCUGGGCCUAUCUGACGCCGAAGAGGCUCGAAAAACUCCUGAGAAAACAGGGUCUCGUGGGAAAUUCUUAUAAAUUGAUCUAUGGGGACUUAAAAGAGCUAAUGAAGACGGUGGAGCAAGCCAUGUCCAAGCCCAUCAACCUUGACGAUGAUAUCAAGCCAAGGGUCUUCGGGUUUGUUCUCAAAACUGUUCAAAACUAUGGAAACAUGUCCUUCUUCUGGUUUGGACCAAGACCUUCCAUAAUCGUCACAGACCCGGAGCUUGUUAAAGAGAUUUUAACCAAAAAUUAUGUCUACCAGAAGCCCAUGAGCUCGAAUCCACUUGAGAAGCUUCUUGUACAAGGAAUCGUUAGCUACGAAACCGAUAAAUGGGCCAAGCACAGAAAAUUAAUCAACCCUGCUUUUCAUCUUGAGAAACUGAAGCUUAUGGUAUCGGCCUUCCAUUUGAGUUGCGAAGAAGUUUUGCGAAAAUGGGAAAAGAGUCUUGAGGCAGUCGGGUCGUGCGAAGUGGACGUUUGGCCUUGUCUACAGAACUUAACGGCCGAUGCAAUUUCAAGAACUGCAUUCGGGAGCAGCUACGAAGAAGGUAGGAGAAUAUUCGAACUCCAGCGGGAACAGGCGGAACAUGUCAUCAAGGCUUCAAGGUCGAUAUAUAUUCCUGGUUGGAGGUUCGUGCCGACCAAAAGGAACCAGAGAAUGAAAGAGAUCGAAAAGGAAGUUCAAUGCUUAAUUCGGGGUCUCAUUAACAGAAGGGUGGAGGCGUUGAAAGCAGGGGAAGCACGCAACGAGGACUUGCUCGACAUAUUGUUGGAGUCCAAUUUCGAAGAAAUGAAGCAACAUGGUGAUAAGAGUUUCGGGAUGAGCAUAGAUGAAAUAGUGGAAGAGUGCAAGUUGUUCUAUUUUGCGGGUCAAGAGACCACUUCUGUGCUUCUUGUGUGGACAAUGGUUUUAUUGAGUAGAUACCCAAACUGGCAAACAAAAGCUAGAGAAGAGGUUCUUCAAGCCUUCGGAGAUCAAACGCCAGACUACAACGGGCUGAAUCACCUCAAAAUCGUGACCAUGAUUUUGUAUGAGGUGCUGAGGCUAUACCCUCCGGCGGUCACCCUCGGUCGAUACGUGAGGGAGGAAACCGAGUUGGGAAAACUGACGCUGCCGGCCGGGGUUCAGCUCACGUUGCCGACUAUCAUUUUGCAUCACGACCGUGAAAUAUGGGGGGACGAUGCUGCGGAGUUCAAGCCAGAGAGGUUUAGCGAAGGCGUGUCUAAGGCACACCACGGCAUAUACUUCCCUUUUGGGUGGGGCCCACGGAUAUGUGUCGGCCAAGCGUUUGCUAUGCUCGAGGCCAAAAUGGCACUUGCUCUCAUCCUACAGAGGUUUUCGUUCGAGCUUGCUGCAUCUUAUACUCAUGCUCCCUCCAUGGUCAUAACCACACAACCGCAGCACGGCGCUCACCUGCUUCUGCACAAGCUCGGGUAA